AUGGCCGAACAGCUCGACGUCCAACGCGGCCUCAACCCAGAUCUCGCUGCCACCCCGGCGGGACUUCUUGAAGCCAAGCUAUGUGAUACUUUGUUCGAGCAAGACCGCGUGGUCGGCAUCGCGCCCAGCCUGCGCCAAGACGCGGUUCAAAGCGCUGUGCCGGAUCGACGUGUGCGGGCCGACGUUGCAGCACACGGCAUGGUCGUUGCAUGCAUCCAGGGUCUCACCACAGUGCACACGGGUCUUUGGACUGGGCGCGGGCGCAUUGCAGACCAGACGGAUACACCAGGAGACCGAGCCUGA